AUGUUCACUCUUGGUCAGUUACUGGGCGCUCUUGCAGCUGUUGCUGUUGCUCCUUUUGCUUCUGCCGCUCCCAUCACCACAGUCUCGCGUAUUGGUGCUUCAUCCAAUGGCAUGGAUAUCUUGGACUUGCAAGUCCAUGCAGCAAUGUCGCAACAGAACUUGUCGGACAACACAACCAUGAUCUUUGUGGUGGACACGCACACUUCGAAAAUCACCUGUAGCGGUUCAUGGGCACCUGAAGGACCAUUCCCUGAAGGCGAAUACGUAAGUCUCCUCGCCAGAACUACACUGCAGAAACAACAUGCUGACCUUGACACUCUAGAUGCCGNNUGUGGAAACAGCACUCUGGGCUGGAACUUCAAGCAAGACACUUACAAGGGCAUGAACGACUUUGUCCUGCAGAUGGAAUACACCUACACCGAUGACUCUGUCGGUCCCUACCCCUACAACAGAGUCACCGAGUUCAGCCACGCAAACAUUACAUCAGACAUCCUCGACUGCGCAGUGAAAACACAGACCUGCAAACAGUGCGACCAUAACAUCACCGCCAUCGUUUAUGCUGAAAUUGCCUAA